UCACAUGAGGGGGCAGCGCGACCGCUCGCUCUGCCCCGCCGCCCGCCCGCCCGCCCGCCGCCCUCCUCUCGCCGCCUUCGCCGCAGCCCGGGCUCUGCCGAGUCAAAGCGCGGAUCAGGUUCCCUGCCUCCAGUAUAAAAAUCUCGGCGAGAAAUCUCCGGCGGGAGAGAGAGACGGGGCGCGGGCGGAGCGGGGCGUGAGGCGGCGGCCGGCGAGCCCGUCCGUGGGGAAGCGAAGGGACGCGCUGCGGCGGCGGCGGCGGCAGUAGGAGAAGCAGCAGCAGCCGCUGCUCAGCGGGGACGCCCGCGGCUCGCCCCUCUCAGCUGCGGGAGAAGAGAUUUUUGCCGCCCGAAAAUGCAACAGCAACAACAACAACAACGUCGAAUGUUCACAGCUGCCCUCCUGGCACUUGUUUUCCUUCUGGCAGCUGUGAGUACCACCGAGGCUGGCAAGAAAGAGAAACCAGAGAAAAAAGCGAAGAAGUCUGACUGUGGGGAAUGGCAGUGGAGUGUCUGUGUACCCACCAAUGGUGACUGUGGCCUGGGGACGCGCGAGGGCACUCGCACUGGAGCCGAGUGCAAACAAACCACCAAGACUCAGAAGUGUAAGAUUCCCUGCAACUGGAAGAAGCAAUUUGGAGCGGAGUGCAAAUACCAGUUCCAGGCCUGGGGAGAAUGCGACUUGAAUACUGCCUUGAAGACUCGAACCGGGAACCUAAAGAGAGCCCUUCAUAAUGCUGACUGCCAGAAGACUGUCACAAUCUCAAAGCCCUGUGGGAAGCUUACCAAACCCAAACCUCAAGAGUCCAAGAAGAAGAAAAAGGAAGGCAAGAAACAAGAGAAGAUGCUGGAUUAAAGGAGCCAACUCGGGCAAUGUGAGAAAGGGACAUCAGCAAACACGAUCAGUUAACAGUUUCAUUUAUAUCUAGGCAUUUUAUCCUAAAAUUAUUUAUAGCUUAAUGGUACCAUAGAAGGAAACAAGCAAACACAGAAAAAAAAAUUCCUUUUUUUAUUACUUUAGUAUUUUUAAUGUAUAACCCUAACAACAAUUUUUAGAGGCCUGUAAUAAAGGACUCCAAACUCAUUUAGAAAAUUAUGUCUAUUGUAUAUUGAACAAUGUAGAGGUUUUUAAAAUAUUUUUUUCUCAAGUCUUGCCAUAGGUCUCAAUCUGGUAAUUACUCCAUGCAAGCAGAACCUGAACCUGUGUGGAGCUCUGCUGACGCCAGUGGUGCCCUGGAUGCAAUUAUAUUUAAGAUUGGGAUCUUAUAUUUAAAAAAAAGCCAGACUUGUUUCUUCAGUUCUUAGUACAUCUGGAUAACUGUAUGAAAUUAUUUGUUUAAGGAAAGGAUGAGGGCAUUUUGUUGCGUAUUUACAGGGAUAGAGUUUUUUUGGAUGUGUGGUGAAUGUUCAUUCCAAAAUGCCACCGUCUCCAGGUAAAAACCAGUAGCAUUCUUAUCCUUGGCCAUAUUUUGUAUGUUGCCAGGAAAAAUUCUGAGAUCUUUCAAAAGUUGGACAUAGAAGAGUCCUAAUUUUUCACAAUUUUCUAGCAAUGAUUUUUCCAAGUGGAGUGAUAGCAAAAAUUUUCAUUUUUUAGCAUAUCAGUGCUGGUGGAUGGUAGUACCCUCUGUUUUACCUAUAAAAGAUGAAAAAUGCUUUCUUUUGUUUAUUUUGCCAGAAGGGAGGAUAUCCUUUUCAGAAAAAUCUAGCUGAAAUUGUUGUGAUUCAGCCUGAUCCAACUCCCUUUUGUAUCAUUGGGAAUCUUCCUGUUGAUUUUAAUGACAGCUGGUUGAAAAAUAGUAUGUCUGGUGGGAAGUAACAGAAGAAAUCUGUUUGGAAAUUGCCUGAGAUAGUUCAUGUUUUUGACCAAAAAAGGGACAAUUUGUGGGAGUUGAAACCAAUAGGAAUGAAAUUAAUUUUUGUUUCUCUGUUAGUAAAGCAGUAGGGAAAUAUAAAACCAGUACCUUUUGCUUUCUUCCAUUUUUAUAUAAGCGGAAAGACCUUGGAAAAGCUCAAUCAAAAUAAAAAUAGUUCUGUGAUUUUUAAUUUUUUUUUAAAUAGUCUGCAGGGGAAAAAAUAUGUAUAACCAGCUGUUUUUCAGUUUGUUCGAUUUUACCUAUUCUAAAUGAUAACAAGUCCUGAGAAAAGUCACAAUGUAGAAAAAAGAUGUGACAAAGGGGUGGUCUGUCCCCAGAUAAAGGGUUGUUUAACAAACUAAACAGCCGGCAGACCAGACUUCUUGGAGGAAACAUAAGGGAUUUCAGUGCCCAAAUUAAUUUCAAAAUCAUCGCUUUUAAAUUCUAAAACUUGAAAUUCGACAACAAGAAAUAAGCUUUGCCAUUUGUGUAGGCUGCAGGCCUGCCUGCUGCUCAAGAGGAAUAGUCUCCCUUGUACUGUUGCGGGUACCCACUGACUUCAGCAAAGCUGCAGCGGGGUGUGUUCAUCUGAGUAAAUCACAUUGCUCUCUUGGGAUUAGCUUGUAGACAAGCAGAGUGUCUUUUUCCAGACUAACAUCACUCCCAUUUGCUAUGCAAAAAAUAUUGUAACAGUUGCAGAGCUUACCCUCUUUUUUCUCACAUGGAGGGUAUGGCUGAUCUGAACUCACAGUGAGACAAGUCCUUCUGUAGUCGUUCCCAAACCCUUUUGAAGCCAGCUAGCCAAGGCUGCAUGUAGCUCAAGGUAGACUAGCCACACAAUUAUUUUCCAGACUUCUUGGGUGUGUUUUGCAGUCUGUGUUGAUGUCCUUGGUAUUUUGACUAUGCUGUUAGACAUACCUGAGCCGGUGGUAUAGCUAAAAAUGUCCCCAACAUGUGGUGGAUGUGCAAUGACCAAAUCCAAAAUCAUAAAGGCUCAUAUUUGGGUGGUUCUGGGUGCUAUUUGGUGUGUUCAUGGUCUAAUCGGGUCUACCUGUGCUUGUGCCUCAGACUUAAACUAAUGGAUUGGUAGGUCUGACUGAUAGCAAAGGGAGAAAGAAGCUUUUUCACUCACCAAAGGUUUGUCUGUCUAAAUGCUGCAUCAGUUCACUUAAAGUGGUUCAGCUUUGAGUGCAAACACUGUUGCACCAUUGUCUUACACUGGUUAAUUUAGUCCAUGUUUCAUAGGGAGCUGGCCGGGGUUGGGAAUGAUGCUGAGACCAACAGUUUGACUAUCCUUUAGCAAACUUUAGAUGUGACUUCUGAUUUCCACCUCUGUGAGUAAGAAGAAAAUAAAUUCCUCUGUGUUUCCUCUGACGCCUUAGGGCCCUUAUAAUUAACUGCCCAUCUGGCUUGUUAAAGGAACAUUCCUUAUAGUUUUUGAAGGAGGCCAGUCAAGUUCCUAUGGUGGUGUAGGGCCUCCAUGGAGAGAGUUUACAGGAAACAAAGAAACAAACAAAAAAAUACCAUGUUAGGACCAGAAGAAAGUGCAACAGUCCUGGUAGCAAAGGGUGUGAAAUAGGAGAACACUUCCUCUGUACUACUUAGCCAUAUAUGUUUGGGUCUGUAUUGGCAUCUUAUUGUUGACAGUAUUUGGAGGUGUAUCUCAUAGUUUAUAAACAACGAAGAAAAUUUCCACGAAACCAGCAGAAAACAUUCUAUGGAAACUCUGGUUGUGAAGGAGAUGAUAAAACCAAUUCAUGUCAGAACACAUAGGAAGACUGAAUAGAAUAGGUCAGUUGGGUCAUCUCUGAGAGGAGGUACCUGGUACCUCACAGGAGCAGUUGCUUCACUAGUGACAUUAUCAAGAAAGCAAGAGGCAAGUAACUGAAGAAAACCUCUUCCCACCCUAUCUUGCUCAGUUUCCACUUGAGUCAUUCUGAAAUUUCUCCUUAUUUGCUUCCUGACCUUUUACCCUCCUUCCUUUGGGAGGUCAAGCUUGUCUGAUAGUGCUGUGGGGGUGGCUACUUCAGAUGAAAUAUGUGUUUUACCCUCUUGGUGCUAUCCUGUUACAAUGGAAAAUGACUUAGCAUAGAUGUGUUCCUUAGCUAGUUUAACCGACUGAAUCUUGUUUCAUGAAUGUCCCUCUCAAGAACUGGUUUCCAUUUUCUUUCGCUACAUCUAUAAUACACUAUGGGGAGAUGAUAGAAAUCCCCCCAGUGACAGCUUUUUCUGAGCGCUCAAAUCUCUUAGAAAAGAGAGGAGUGAGUUGCUGAACAUCAGCUAAGGAUGAAUCUGCAUCCAGAAGCAAGUUUAAACUUAGGGGAAUUGGGGUAUAGCUCCCUUCCCUUCUUCCAAGUAGGCUGAGCCAUGCUUCUAAGCAAUUAGGCCUGUCUGUAUCUUGAUUUAAAACAGUGUUUGUGGAUUGGGGCAUUUUCUGACUUUGACAUGUCUUCUGACAGAAGUGUCCAUAUUGAAAGAGAAUCAUGGCUUGUCAGCCUGGCAUAUUUAACAGACUAUUAAGUGCAGCAGAACUAUAGGGCAAGGCUCCAAGAAGGGAAAACAUUUGUUGUACAUGCAGGUAGAUACUAAGUUGUAACCUACUGAUUCUCAUCAUCUAAUUUCAUAAUGACAUUCUGAACUGUACUGUUUUUCAAAGGUGAAAAAUUAUGAGAAAUUAAUAAUAAUUAUAAAACAUAUCAACCGACAGUGUUGGAGACUUUGUCAAGAAGCGACAGAUAUGAAGUCAGGAGCAUUUUAUACAAACUUCUUUUGUGUGCUCCUUGAGUAAGGAAGGCAGGAUUACUGGUUGGCACAUCUGUUUUUAUGCUUUGCUUGAUUUGUGCCUUAAUGAAAACUAAACAAAUGUAGAAUGUUACAGAGAAGUAAAGUCCUGCUCCAACCUCAAUAGAACGUGUCCAACAGGAGGCAAUGUCAAAAGGAGACGCUAGUAUGUCUUUUUUUUCUGGUUUAGGAGUGCAAGUUAUGAUGAUGUUUAUAGGAGAAAAUGUAACGUAUUUCUUUAACUUUGGUGUAUAUCCUUCACCACUUGGUAUGUAGCAAUGGACAAUUCAAGUGAAAAACCAGAGCAUUAUGAGGAACCAAGGGGAAGUGAAUACUUAUGGAGACUGUUUAUAGAAACAGGCCUAUAAAACCCCUGAAACUAACCAUGCUGCUAGCAGGGAGCAUCUGAAGAUAAAUAUUGUAUAGCAUUCCUUUUGUUUAAUGGAAUCCCUUAACAUAUGAUGAACUUUAUCUGAGUUCCCUUAGUUUAAAGUCGAUGGUGAGGAUGGGACAAAAGCCAACCUGACUUUCCUUCAGUCUAGGAACUGCAACAAUAUUAACAAUGCAAACCUGCCACUUUUCUAAAGCAAAAUACUGGUGAGGUACGCCAUUUUGACAUGACACAGUAGUCUUUCACAUCUCCCAAAUUCUUAUAGGAAGGGGAAGCAGUAUGUUAGUGGGGGUAGGUACCUCAUAUUUGGUCUUUUUAAACUCUUUAGGACAGCAUCUUCUGUGAACUUUUGUGUUCUCUCCUUUGCGGGGACAGAUUAUACCUGUUGUCUGCCUUCCCCCACUCAUCCCUAAUUGUGGUAGUAUUCGUAGGUUUUCUGUCAAUUCUGCUGAGGCACUCGGCCUCGCAGCCAAACUUCCUCAUGCUUGAAGAUUCUCUCUGUAUUCUCCAUUUCGUGCUGGACUGUUGCAAAAGAGCCCCAGCAAGUCCCUACCAUCAUGUACCUCUCAUUGUGUCCUUCUAAGAUUAAAAGACAUAGUAGCAACUUGUUAAUCAGAAGAUGACAAUGAACAAGGAAAUAUGAGAAUGAGCAAAGAGAUUCCUUGGAUUCAGCGGGAAGGUGGCUUGCUGGUAAAGGCAAGGCUUUUUUUCAUAGCUCAGCCUGGGCAAGGCUUCCUAGGGGACAGAAAUGCAUCACAUUUGAUUGAAACUUAGAGACAGUGAUGAAAGAGUGUCUGCCCUCAAACAGAAAAACACCUUAGCUAGAUAAACAGUGGCAAGAAACUGCAUCCUUUCCCACUGUGUCCUCUUUUACCACCAAAUUAAAGGGAAGAGGCAUGGUGCACAGAGCUUCAGGGAUAGUGGAAGACUUGCCUGAGCAAAGCGGAGCAAGGAGAGAGCCUCUUCCACCCCAUGGGUGUUUGCAUUUGAAGAAGGUCUAGAUAGUCUUGUUCAUAGCAGCAGAAAACUUCGUGUGCUUUUGGACCAAAACUAAAUGAUGUUGAAGCCUAAUUGUUUUCCUUAUGUUCCCUCUCUGCUAUUCUUCAAAAAUGGCAGUCUGCCUUGUGGCCUCAUCACUCUGACCUGAGCAGAAAUGAGAUAUUUCAAGGAAAACAUGGGAAUUCAACUAUAUUCAGCUACCAUUAUCUCAUUGGAGGGGCUGAGCAAUCCUUUUGCCUUUUUGCAGUUUGCCAUUUAAAUGUGGAGUGUCUUGGCGUCCCAGAUGGCUAAAAACUCAGUAGGUAUCUCUUAGCCUUUGACUUGCUCGGCUUUGAGGGAGUUAUCAUAGAAUCAUAGAGUUGCCUAUGAGAAAACUGUACCUACAGUUCUUAUUCCUUUCUUAGAAAAAGCACAAUAACAAACAAAACCCACAACAAAACUAAAAGCAUGUGUCUGAUGUAUGAAUUUACUGAUGAGAUAAAAGAGAGGCUCCCAAGUAUUCCCAUUUCAGAAGGUCAUUCAAAGUUAAAGACUGCACAAAAGCUUUAGCCCUGAAUUCUGUGAUGUAAAGCUAGGGAAAUGGAUGGCAUCUGCAGUGCUGUCUUACCCAUAGCCAAUUUCAUUCAAUUAAUUACCCUGUUUGAAUUCCCUCACCCUAAUCUACCUGGCAACAAGAGAUAAUUUAACUUUUCUCAUUAGGUCAUUCAUUACACUUCCCAUAUUAUCAUUAUGUAGUUCAUCUAGAUUUUCACAGCUGAAGGAAAUGGCUCUGAUAAUCCAGAGUGUGUUGUGGUUGCUGAGGGCAGCUGAAGUAGAGACAGGCUAGUACUGCUGCAGCUUGGGGCAAGAAACCACCUAAUGAGGAUGCCAGCAUCAGGCACAGCAGCUCUCUAAAUAUACGUGCAUACAUAACUCCCCAUAUAUGGGGAAGCAAAACUCUAUUAAAAAGUGUGUCCUUAGCUCAAAAUGUGUCUCAUGACUAGUGCUGCCAUGUUUUCAAGCUAAAGUAGAAGUGAAAGAGCUUUUUGUCCUGCGUUGUUAUUUACAUGAGGGUACAAGAGUAGUAUAUAGGAUGACGAGCUAGGUUUCUUGCCACUCGCCAGCAUAUCAUUUAAGGAUAGCUGUGUCCAAGGAAAAUGCAAAACACAUGCCAAUGAAAUGGCCAAUAGGACUUAGUAUCAGAGUGAUGUUCUCUUCUGUCACACCAAGUACAUGGAAGAGCUUUGUUCAAAACUGCAAGGUGGAUGAACGGCUUCCGGUAGGUGUGAACAUAUAAACCCGGGCAGAAAAAGGCUUUUUCUCUGCCAAUAAAAAGUGAGGAAAACAGGAAAAAAAAGAUGGAAAAAACAAAACAGAAAUCAUCUUGAUACUUGUAGUUUGGAUGUUAAACGGAAAGAAAGAAUGAAAGUCAAAAUAACAAAUUAAAACCUGAAUAUCACAUUCAAUGGAUUUCUAAUUCUGUAUAUAUCUAUUAAACCAGUGCUAUAUGAUAUCUUCUCAUGGGUUACUCUCUUUUUCCUGUUCCUUUUCCUUUUUUUUUUUCAGUUUGUAUAUUGAUUUUGUAAGCUAGCAGUGUGUUAUCUUUUCGAUUUUUUUAAACUUGUAUGAAAGCCAUAUAUCCGUAUUGUAGAAUGAAAGCAUUAAUCCUGUAACAUCCCUUAAUGUUUCCCUUAGCUCUGUGGGAUUGUGGGGGGCUCUAGCGAAUGUAUAUGUUUACCAAUUGUAUCAACAUAAUUUACUUGCUCUUAGUGGCGAUAAAGAAUUAAAUAAACUAAUACACAGAA